ACUAACUUCCGUGGGCAGGGUUUGCUCGUGCUCGUCCGUCGCGUCCGCGCGCCUGCUGAGUUGUUUUCGCAUAUUUUGGGGGAAGUUAAACAUCCUCGUCUCAGCGGUCGUUUGUUGAUGGCGCAUCGCUGACUCAUAAGAAGUGAAGAGUUUAUGUGCCAACAGCCGCGCCCGGGAGGAUUAACAAUGGACAACUUGGAGAAUCCGUUCACUAGGCCAAACAGGACGCUGGUGAUGUUGGCCUUCCUUCAGGCGGACUGUAAAAACCCUGAAUACUCAAAUGAGCUCCAGCGCCUGUGCGACGACCUCAGUCUCAACCGGGACAUCAACUCCAACAGACCCGUGAUAGAAAGUCUGGACGAUGGGUACAUUGAAACUGACGGACACCAGCCCAGCAAACCUUUUCUAAGUGAUCUCCAGGUCUCAGUGGAAAUGCAGUGGCCUAGGAACAAUGAAGAAGUAGCAGCCCUGCAGGAGGUUGCGGGGAUGCUGAGAGAUAUUGCUGAUCAGUUUGAGCACAAUGCCGUGGCUCGGGCCACCCAGAACCUUUGCAACAAUAUAUCGAGAUCCCCGGUAACGGAUUGGAAACAUCACCUUUCCAGCGAGGUGAACAGGGUGCUGACCCAAGGUGCAGGUCUGGAGCAUCUACCCCAGGAGCGGCUCUUCUUGGCCCUGACUCUCACCCUGGUGAAGGGAGUGUGCGAGCAGGCCCCGCGGCUGCUCCGGCACCUUUUCAACACUGCGCUACAGUUGAUCAACCCCGAGUGGACCAGCUGACUUUUUGAGCCGCGCACUUCAGAGGAAAUUGCAGCGAAGCGUGCGGUGGUAACUGACGCAACUUGAAACAGACACCUGUUCCUUAUGACCAGUGGACUGCAAAGAACAAAAAAGGAGAAAAGGAGAAAGGAGCUGUGUUAACUGAAGCAGAAAUGACAAGUCUACCAAACGAAACUGAAGGAGUUUUUGAGUUUACAGUCCUACUUUUCUAACAUGAAACUAAAAUUAAUGUUUGUGAUUCUUGUUUUUCAUCACUUUAUAUGAUCUGAGAGAUAUUGAUUCCGUUUACUCUUGUUUAAAACUUGUAUUUUCAAUUUAUACUUGAGGAAUGAUCGUCAUCGGAGUACGACGCUUUCCUUCUGCGAUAUGUAUUUCCAUUAUAUUUUGUAACUUCACUAAUAAAUAUGUUUAAAUACA